AUGGAAUCAGUUUUUAAUUAUUACGUCAAAGCUACAACUGCAUUUAAAUUAAAAAAUUACAACGAUGUUAUUGAGAAUUAUACAAAGUAUUUGAAGAGUAAACCAAAUAUUGUAAAACCAACGAUGAUGACCAUUUUAAUGGAUCAAUCUGGAUCUUUCUUUAGCGUUCGACGCUAUGAUGAAGCUAUAUUAGGUUUUGAUGAAUUAAUCGAACUCGGCUACAACUUACAAGAGAAUGAACCAUUAUUCUAUAUUUACCAUCAAGCGUCGAUUCAGAGCAAGAUAGAUAAGGCUCUUGACGGAUUGCGUGAGAUAAAACUUAAAUAUACGUAA